AUGCCGAGGCUGCACGCCAUCUCGCAGGGUCUGUGGCAUCACAUUCAGCAGCAGCAGCAGCAACGUCCGGCACGGCCGAUGCAACUUGCUGAGCCGACCAUCGGCGACGUUGCGGCACAGCUGUCGCCGAUGACAACGCCGGCCAUCACACAAGUGUGGAUGGUGGGUGUGCAGGAAGGCGAAAAUGGAACGGUACUGGUGCAGGAAAGCCCCCGCAUCGUCCACACUCAGACAUCGCACGCGCAGCAGCCACAUCCGAAUUCCGAGGAGUCCCACGUGCGCUCAGCUGCGCGCACGAUGCACCGUAGCGGCAGGGCAGCGCUACCACCGCCGCGGGACGCGCUCACAAACUCGGAGGUGGUUGUCUGUGGCGAUGAUGCAGAAAAUAGUUUCCACAGAAGACGAGAGCGACGACCGCGGUCACCCUCACCAUCAACCUCGCGCACGCUGGAGGAGUUGUUUAACGAGGAGCUGAUCGGAGAGGAGCAGCGCGUGGCGCUCUUGUCGACGCACCAGCGCACCAUUACGGCGGGAGAAGAGGAUCUGUUCUCGAAAGCUUCGACUCGCUCACACAGAUGCAUCGCGGAAGCUGGGCAGCGGGUCAUGACGAUGACGAACGCGUCCAGCCAAGCCACGCCGCGUCAGCGCACGGUCGACGAGCCGCUGCGGGUGUGGCUGCCCAGGUGCGUGAACGCGCUUUCGACGCUGACAUGUGAGGGCAGUCCACCAAUCACGCGCGUCGCGGCACGCGGCAACCGCGGCCAAGUGCGACUUCGUACGGCGCCUCCCCGUCGGCGGGCAUCAGCUUUACUCCUCGCAACUGGCGACGGCGGCGCAGACAGCGCGCCGCCCGACUACGCAGGCGACGGUGAUGACGGCUUCCCAGUCGCUCUGUGGCGUCGCACACCGCCGCGCGCAGGGGUGACAAUGGCCGAUGCGGACGGCGCACCUACGUCGCUGCUGUCGUCUCCGCGCUGGUGCGUGACAGCUUAUGAGCCGCUGAGCCUGUCGCUACCGGCGACGGCGCGGUGUGCCGACGGCGAUGGUGAAGGGCCGGUGUUUCAGCAGGCACCUAUCAGCACCACCACCCUUUCUCACCUCAGCAGCACUGUGGACAGCAGCAUUCUGGGCCGCAGCGGCGCUCGGGAGGACGAGGACGCGGUGAUCGACGCGGUGAUCGACGCGGAAGACGAUGAAGAGGCUGCUGCGGUGGGCACCUGCCGUGAUCAUCGUCCACCCAUAGCGAUGGCGUCCACGCACGGCUCAGCGCCCACUGCCACGGUGGUGACACGGGUGUACUGGGGCGCUGCUCCACCGUUGAGAGGGAUGGCGCCGAGUGCUCUGCACCACGGCGGCGCAACUGGCAUGGCUGAUGAUGGUGAUGCAGGCGGCGACGGCGCGGCCUUCGCAGGCCGCAGGAGCUCUGGGCAGAGCAUUCGCAGCAGUGUGCAGGGCGGCGGGCGUGCGCUCGAUCAACGAGCCCAACAUUUCUCUGUGGCCCCCAUCACUGUGUCCUCCUCCGUCGUGGCCACGGGGCGGCCAGGCCAGCACCAGCACGGAGGCGCAAGGGGCUAUGACGGCGUUGGCGCACAUCCUUCACGCAGCUCCGCCACCGCGGCAGUUCAUCGCCAUGAACCGUUCGGUGAGCUACCAUCUUCGCUGUUGCCCGUGAUGCGCCGUCGACCACCCGCCGUCCCGGCCCCCGACGCGUGUGUGCCGCCACAGUCGAUGGAGCUGAGGAUCACCCUUCCCUGGUUGCUGCACACCUCCACGCUCCCACCGGUGGCGGCCGAAGCGCUGGCACGCUGUCUGGGAGCACACAUCAGAGCACAUCUGCGACCAGAGGGGGCAGCGCAGUGGACACAGGAUGGAGCGUGCCGCCCUCGACUCAGCGGGACAUGCGCACCGGGGCCUGCAGCGGCACAUCCACAGCCCGGGUCUUCACGGGGAGAUGAUCCACCGCCAUGCUGGGUGGCGGCCUUUGCGUACACGGAGGGGAUUCAGAUAUACGCGACGAAUCACGCCGCGUCCCUCGUCCACGCCAAGGAGAGCACCGAAGGGUGCGAAUCGUCUCGCGAUUGCCUGGCAAGCCCGCGUCACGACCCUUGCGGUCUUGCCCCAGAGGCGCCGCUAGACCGCAUCUCCUGGCCUGCGUGGGUGCCGGAUGCGCAGACGAGUGUCCGCAUGCUCGCCGCGCUCACCUCGGGUGCCUUCCAGCUGAUCGAGGUGAUCGCGCGAGCCCUCGACCAGGCGACCGCUGCUGGCAACUCUCCUGCUGCUGCUGCUGCGCUGGCAGACAUGGAUACGGCGGAGGGAGGCAACACUGAAGCCCGCAGUGUCCGAAGGGCAGCAUACAACGCAGGAGGUCAGCUGCACAUUGGCAGCGGCACGUCACGCUCCUCCGCGACGCUCUCUCGAGAUCCCGCCACCGUGCUGCAUCAGUUCCAUGUCUUCUCUGAGGCCAUCUUCGGUGAUGCGGCCAACAAGCGUCUUUGCCGACAUGUCCGCGAUCGCCUCCCGCUGCAUGUGCAGGAUUUGAGCGAGUUGUUGAGUCGGCCGUGGUGCGGCGGCGCGAGGGAAGACGAGGACGGCGAUGUGGCCACCACCACAACUGCCGUCGCUGCCACCGGCGUGUGGCGUGCCCGCUGCCCCUCCAUGCUGGAUCUUGUGCACCACCUCGCCCGUGCGUGGAUGACGGAGUGCUUUGCCGGCCUGGCGAACCGACUGCACGCGUUCCUGAUCACCCACGAUCCCGGCGUCGUGCUCGACCUCAUCUGUGCACGUGCGAACGACCGCAACGAUGCCGUGCCCCAUGACAACCUCUGCAACAGUGCGAGACUGCUGAAGAGGAUGUGUGCCGAGGAGCGUGACGAGAACGCCUGUGCGCAUCAGCGGGCUCCUGUUCCAGCGCGCGAGCGGCACCGCGACCAGCGCGAAUGCCAUGGCUGCUCAGCUCACUCGCGCGCAGUGCUGGCAGCCGCGACUGCAGCCGCGUCGGUGCUCCCGCCACAUGCGUUGAUCUACCGAGGCGUCGCAGAGUUCACUCACGGGCCUCUGCAGCGGUGGGAGCGGUGGUGUUUGUCACCGUCGUCGACCCCUGCCGCACAUUCCCUGGCCACCAACGCUACUGCCAGCGCCGCGGCCAUGCAGUGGUCAACUCACGUCAACUACGCCACCGUGCACUCGCUCCAAUGGGUACUACGCCACCCUCUCGACGCACACGCGGUCGCAGAUAAUGUGCGGCAGUCCGCAUCGAAACUCGCUGCUGUCACGGACAUGCUGGCGCUGCUGGAGCUGCUGACAUUGAUGCCGCCGCUCCUCGACACGACGGCGCUGCUGAUGUACCAGGCGGAGGCGGUGCUACGCGGCGCCUGCGCUUGCGUGAUGGGAAACGCCGGCGAUCGCGGUGGCGGCGGCACGGCCAUCAUGACGAGCGGCGCGCACAGCCACAACGCUAUCACCGGCGGCAUCCGAGCAACGCGGUCGCGCGCCGCGACGCAAGGGUUCCACGAGUAUUACCGCGUCUUCCUCGGACUUGUGUGCUACGGUGCAAUGCAGCUGAGCGACGCGGAGGGCAUGGCGUUGCUGUCACGACCGCGGCCGCAGCCAACGGGCGUGGAGCCCUCGACGGCAGCACCCCGCCAUCAUGACGCUGCAUCGCCUUUGCCAGAGCUGCGUUCAGCACAGGCUACCGUGGAUGGUCUGUGGACAGAAUACAUACUGCCGCUUGUGGUGGGUUACGUCAGCGGCAGCGGUACAGGGGCAGCACCCGCAGCUCGCAUGGAUGCGUUGACGGCCGCGGAUCAGUGCAUCACGUACGCACUGAUGCUGCUGCAGCUGCUGCGGCUUGAAGGGCGAAGCGUGCGCCACGGUGGCCGCGGAUGUGCACAAACCCCCGCCUUCCCAAAUGGAGCCCGGCAGGAUGUGCCUAACUCCGGGGUGUCGUCGUCGUCGCGGCACCGACGCAAGCGUGCCCGCUCCGCCGCUGUGGGAGGGCCGGAACCGCAGUCAUGGGGCAGCUUACGAAGCGCGGGCUCGUGUGGCGAAGACGCUCGGCCGAGGUGGUGGGCACCAUCACCGGCAAACGCGGACGAGCACCCCCCCACCGCCCGCUCCCCGCAGCCGGAGAGCGUUUCUAGCUCUGCCUUCACCGCGGAUACGGCGACGACGACGACAACAACAACGGCCACGACGCGCUGGUGCGCCAACAGCGGUCUGGACAGCAUCAACGAGAUCGAGCGAGUUGGCGAGACUAUGACGGCAUCGCGAUACAUGGCAGCGCCGGCAUUCGCCCACGCUCCGCGGCCCGGUCACAGAGACGAGCAGAGUGUUGCACACAACGCCGCCGGCGGCAUGGCGGACGGCGUCGUGGGCGUGUCGCCCACGGAGCAGACGGCGCCCCCGCCGCAUUGCAUCCCGCCCCUGGAGCUUCUCGCUGAAGGGGACGCGGGAGAAGCAGCAGCAGCAGCAGGCACACUGCAGUUUCCUCCCUGUCCCGCGCCUCCACCCGACUGGCAGGGCGUUUGCCGGCAGCUGAUUCGCCGUUGGCUGCAGCCGACGAGCGACUGUCAUGGUCGCGGUUGUCGGGCGUCGAACUUCGCCGAAGUCGCGGCGCAGCAUCCGAAGGCCGAUGACAGCGCCACCGUCAGAGCAACCUGCUUUCCUGGCGGGCGGUCGCAGUUUCUCGAUGUCUGUGAGGCGGGCAGUGGCUACACUCUGCACCGUCGCGAUGUCCGUCGCGUCGGCGCUCUUCUGGCGGGACUGGCGCAACGCGUCGCGGCCGUCCGUGAGGAGGAACAGGGCGCGCACGCUGUAAGCCCCCACAGCGACAGCGCUGGAUGCUGCUAUGAUUACCUCUACGGCGUGCUGCCGCCUGGACUGCGCGCAAGGGACGCUGGCCUCAUCACCGUCACCUCGACCUCCAGUUCUGACGACGGCGAGGAUAGCGACACGGACAGUGCAGGAGAGGGUGCAGAGACCAAUGACAACCUCUGCAAUGUAAACAUCCUGCGCUGUGUCGCGUCCACAAUCAGCACCAGCACCAGCACCAGCACCAGCAGCAGUGGAAGCAGCGGCCACAGCACCCUCGGCACCACCCCUUCGGCGACAUUGGUGUCGCCGCUAUCGUCAUCCCUGGCAACAUCGCCGUGA